AUGGAUCUCGCUUGCCCCCCUAGUACUCAGAAGAGGACCCGAAAGAGGAGACGCCUCUCGGCUGUCACGUCGGUAGCCUGGGAACACGGCCUCGAUGAGUCGUGCCGGGCCGGGUCGGGGGGCAGCCCACAUCCGCUCGCCCCGGCCGGCGCGGGCGACGCGGAUGAGAGACACGGAGGUGACGAAAGGCACCGGACCUACUGCCUGAGCCCGGCAACGCCACGGCCUCGAGCCCGUCCACUCCGAGAACAAGGCAAGACGAGCUACCGCACUAUAGAUCCAGAAGCACCGCGAUUGCCAGAAGUCCGCGCUAAGCUCCUGAGAUCGCGUCCCUGUCGAGGCGCGUUGCUCCAACACGACACUUGGAACCGACCACAACCUCAAACAAAGAAAGGAGGGAAAGGGGGACUAAAAAAAGAACCACCCCUUACCACAAGCCAGCCUGAAACCACGCGACGCCAUCUCGAGGGCUGGUGCGCCAAACCGGAGCAACAUACGUGGCCGCAAGCCCUCUCCCAACGGUUUUCUUUGUUCUCCAACGCCGCCAGUCCUUCAGCUUCAAGGGGGAAAGGGGACGGAGGAAGGGGGAAAGGUUGGAAACUAGAACGAAAGGCCCGCCCCGAGACUUUUGUCUCACACGAUGCGAAACCAACCAACAACGGUGGGCGAGGAGCGAGACAGAACCAACGCGGUCCCAACCCUAGACCUCCUGCUUCCCACCCCGGUGUUUAA